UUGACCAAAACAAAAUGGCUGAACCGGAGAUUAGUUGACAAAGUCAGCUGUCUGCAUUUACGGUUUCUACCGGCUGCUUUUCAGAGGCUAGGGCAAUGCUAUCAUGUGAUAAGUGUUGUAGGCUUAACAAGACGACCUAAACUGCUGUUAAAUACACGGGUGUCUUCUCUCAAGUGAUCAUGAUCAAGUUCCUGUUGAUGGUCAAUAAACAGGGUCAAACUCGCCUGUCUAGACAUUAUGAGCAAGUGGACAUUGGUAAGAGAGCUGCUCUGGAGUCCGAUGUGGUCAAGGCCUGUCUAUUCAGGAUGAAAGACGAGUGCUCAUUUGUGGAGUACAAGGAUUACAAGCUGGUGUAUCGGCAGUAUGCAGCUCUUUUCAUUGUAGUUGGUAUCACUGACAGUGAAAAUGAACUCUCCAUUUAUGAGCUCGUCCACAACUUUAUUGAAGUGCUUGACAAGUACUUUAGUCGGGUGAGUGAACUAGACAUUAUGUUUAAUUUGGACAAAGUACACAUCAUUCUUGAUGAGAUGAUCCAGAAUGGACACAUUGUGGAAACCAACAAAAACCGCAUACUUGCACCACUGCUGGCCUUAGACAAGAUGGCAGAAGGAUAAAUAAACAGCUACAGUAUGAAAACUGUUGUUGUGCACAAUUUAUUAGCCCUUCUAUUCCCCAACCCUCUUGUCAUUUAGCCCUCACAGUUUAACUGUAUUUGUUCAUGGACUUUACACAACAGCUACAUAAAU